AAUAUACCCUCUGAGCAAGGUAUCCCAGGAGUGUCUAGUUGGGAGACAGAGCUGCAUGGAGCUUGGACUGAUGAAUGCCUUGUGUAUUACAAAGGAACAAACAUGGCAGAGGCAGUGACCCCGAAUCAGACCAUGGUGACUGAGUUCAUCCUGCUGGGACUCUCCUCCAACCCAGAGACGCAGCUGAUCCUCUUCAUGGUCUUCCUACCCAUCUACCUGCUAACCUUGGCUGGGAACAUCCUUAUUAUGGUCACCAUUGUUCAUGACCGGCACCUCCAUACACCCAUGUAUUUCUUCCUCACCAACCUUUCCUUCAUCGACGUCUGCCACGCCUCAGCCACUGUGCCCAAGAUGCUGUCCGACUUCCUCUCGGCGGAGAAGACCAUCUCCUUUGGGGGCUGCAUGGCACAGAUGUUCUUCCUCCACCUUUUCACCUGCACAGAGGUUUUCCUCCUCACUGUCAUGGCCUAUGACCGCUACGUGGCCAUCUGCAACCCCAUGCACUACCUCACCAUCAUGAACCACAAGGUAUGUUUGCUGCUAGCUGGUGCUGUGUGGCUGGGUGGGACCGUGCACUCCCUAGCUCUGACCAGCAUGACCAUCAAGCUGCCGUACUGUGGGCCCCGGGAGAUAGACAACUUCUUCUGUGACGUGCCGCCGAUCAUCAGGCUGGCCUGCACCAACACCUACAUCAUCGAGGUGCUCAUCAUCUCCAACUCGGGGCUCAUCUCCGUGGUCUGCUUCGUGGUGCUGGUGGGCUCCUAUAGCAUCAUUCUGGUCUCCCUGAGGAACCGCUUCUCCGAGGGGUGGCGCAAGGCGCUCUCCACCUGUGCCGCCCACCUGAUGGUGGUGACGCUCUUCCUGGGCCACUGCAUCUUCAUCUACUCCCGCCCUUCCACCAGCUUCUCUGAGGACAAGGUGGUGUCGGUGUUCUUCACAGCCAUCACCCCCUUGCUGAACCCCAUCAUCUACACCCUGAGGAAUGAGGACAUGAAGCGGGCACUCAGCAAGCUAGUGGGGAGAAAGGUGGAGGCAGAGGAGAAAUAG